AUGAGCGGGCUGGGGCCGCAGCGGGAGCUGGAGGAGGCCGCCGCCCUGGAGCGCCGGCGGCGGCGGGAGCUGCUGCGGCGGGGCCGCAUCUUCAACGCACGGAUCCGCACCAUAGGGAUUGAUAAAGAUGCAUUGGAUGCACAGGUCAAGGAAAGGAAAAUUCAAGAAGCAGCUGAAAAAGCAGAGCAUGAAAGAUUUGCUCAUCACAUGAAGAAAAAUGACAAGCUCAUGUGUCUGCUAGAAGAACGCCAGAAAAAUGAAAUCAGAGACAUCAAUAGGGCUCUAACUGAAUUCCAUCAGAAUUUUCAGAGGCCAGAAACAAGACGUGAAUUUGACCUGAAUGAUCCACAAGCCCUAAAGAAGGACAGACCUGCUCGAGUCUCAGAUGAUGAUCCUCGCUGUACUAUCUCUGGCAUGCAGAAGUUUGUGGGUGAAGACUUAAACCAUGAGCAGAGGAUGAAGUUUCAAAAGGAGCAAAUAAGGGAGUGGUCUCUUCAGCAACAGAAAGACUUAAAAAAUGCAUUAGCUGACCAAAAAUUGGCAGAUGAUCUUUAUGACAAGUUUAGGAUUGAACUUGACCAAAAGAUUAUGGAAGAACAAAGGAAAGAAGAGGAAAGCAGGCGUGCUGUUUGUACAGCUACCAAAAAUUUCAAUAAAAUCCAGGUUGCUGAACUAGAUCACAAAAAUGAAUUGGAAAAAGCUCAAAAAAUGAAAGAUGAUAUGUAUGAAAUAACCUGCCUCCUUCGAGGAGAUUUCCUUUCUGAAAACCCAGACCAAGCAAUCGGUCCUGGGGGUGUGCUGGUGGAUCGAUGGAAGGGGAUGAACCAGGAGCAGCUGAUGGCAAUUCGUGAGUUCCAAAAGGAACAAGUUCUGGAGAAACAGAGAGCCAGAGAGCAGGAGCGCCGCAGGGAUGCGGAGUGGGACCGGCAGCGCGUGCAGGCUGCCAGGACCCAGCUGCUCUGGGAGCGGCACCAGCAGCGCCAGGACCAGGUGCAGCGCCGAGACCUGGAUGCUGUCAAUGCAGGGCUCUCUCAGGAGCAAAGAGCAAAGAACAUUUAUCUUAAAGAGGAAGAGUAUUCAAAUAUUCCAACAGAGGAGUUUUAUGCACAGUUUAAUACAACCACCCGGUGAUGAUCUGGAUAAAUCAACCAGAAUUAUACAGAAGUAUGUAGACACAUUAAAAUUUUCAGUUGAGCAAUCCCAUGUUUUAUUGUUUUUAUCUGUUCCCUGCCCUGUUCAAACACUGCUUUCAAACUAAAGGACAGACAGAUCUGUUCUACGAAAAGGAAAACAUUGUAAUAAUUUUUAAACAUUACUGUUGUUCUGAUAGGACUAGUAGAUUCAGUAGUAGAUUAUUUGACUCUUGUGUCUCAGGCUUAGCUGUAAUAUUUACAUUAUUCAUGUCUAUAGGAAUCAACUUCUGGAAAGAAAUCUGAAUUUUAACUUUAGUGCUGCUUUAUGCAGCUUGGCCAGAGGGGAAUGCUGCCUCCCAGAGACCACAAGAGAUGCACUUCUCUGGGAGGGAAGGAAGAUGACCUAGGCAGAAAAUGUUGUGUUCGUUUGUGGUUUGAUUUUGGGUUUUUUGUUUUGGAUUCUCUAAAAGCAAAAAGCUCAGCCAGACAGAAAUGCAAGAAAAAAGGAAGAAGUGGUCAAGUUGGUCAGUGGGAAUAAGAAGAAAAGAGUUCAGUAGUCAUGGAGGUGAUUAUUGCACUGAGGCAAGGCACUGAAACAGAAUCUGUGUUAGAUUUAGUGUGAAAAACAGGGGAAAAGUAUUCCUACAUACACCCUGAUGCUUUGGAAAUAAUGGAGGAGGUUUCAUGUAAUGUGCUGCUGAAGGAGAGUGGGGACAAUUCACAGGUGUGACAGAAGAGGGGUGAAAAAGCAGGUGUGCACCAAAGUCAAGGAGAAAAAUCUCAGCUUGUGCAGGUUUCAUGAAACCUGUGUACUCGCUGUCUUCAUGGUGAAGUAUUGACUUAGCAAUUGAAGAGCCUCUCAUUGGCAUCUGAAAAUGGGUGAGCACAACACAGGGGAAGAAAAUAUGGAGAAGCAAUGUAGGAAAGUAACUGCAUAAGGGAAAUGGAUGGUGGAGCUAACAAGAAAAUGAAAUCCAGAAGACAAAGAGCUGAAUUGAAAGGACUGCAAAAAGGGUUGGAAGACUUAACCCUGGGAGUCAGCAUAUCUGAAAGAGGAGAAAAAAUGAGUCAGAUGAGAGACUCAGCUAAAAAUCCAAGACCUCUAUGUUGUGAACUUUAAAUAAAAAUAGGGCCCAUUUAUGAAAACAGAUCUCAAACUGUAAUUUGCCAAAAUAUGGGACAUAAAUCUGAGGUAAAAACAUCCUGAUGAUGUUGGCUUGGAGUCCACUGAUUGUUAUUUGUCUCAGCAAUAAUGGUAAUGUUUGGUAAUGAACUUUGUGGUGAAACAGGUUGAAGAUGCCUCCACCAAGCAAAGGAGGAAAGAUGCUUAAGAAAAACUGAGGGCUGAGGUAAACUCAAAUGAAUUAUCCUUAUCUCUGUGAAGAGUGAAGAUAAUGAAGAAUGCAUGGUUCUUGAGACAUUAGUAGGAGGAUUUUAAAGGUGCUUGAAGGCAGCCUUUCUUGAAAGGGGACUGUUUAAACAGGUCUGUUUGCUCAGCUGAAGUAGUGCCCUGUGGGAUCACUCUGAUAAAAUCUUGCUGCCUGAUUCAAAACACUGAAUAAAGAGGAGUAGCGUUUUUUGAUAUGAUUGUAGAAAUUGGAUUGGGAUCUUUUUUUUUGUUCAUUGACACAUGAACUAUCUAAUUAUAUAUGUAAAUGAGAUGUAAUUCUUUUCUGUCUCUCACUGAUAGUGAUGUAAUGCAAAGUGCAUAGUUAAACCUUGGAAAUUAUUGUAAUUGGUGUAAGCAAAUGAGUUUGAAUUUCUGGGUAUGGUUCCUCUUCUUCCAUUCCUUUCCCUAAAGAGGGACUAAGAAAUUUAUCAGAAUAAAUAUCCAGCUAAACCAUCAUCUUCUCCAGGAUGGAGGAAUACUUCUUUCCAGCAAACUGUCUCAAGGACUUCCAGAGCUAUAACAGCUGGUUGUUACUGCAGUCAUUAAUGGUGAUAAAAACCCUUUGCUUUUUGAACCCAG